ACUUAUCAGCUAAUUCAUUAAAUCGAACAUUUCCGAAAGAGGUUGUAUUGGGGAACAGCUGUUCAACCGAUUUAUUGAAAAAAUAUAUAACAGACGUAAUUAUGUUCCUGGUUUAUUAAUAAGAACAUAAUUAUUAAGAUUUCAUUCACAUUUGUUAGCAAGAGACAUGUUAGUAAAUAUUUACAGAAACAUUAUCGAUGCUUUACUACGUGGACUUGAUCUACUAGAUUGCAUUAUUUUUAAAAGAUUUAUUGGAAACGCAUUGUAAGAAUUCUCUUCCUUUGGUUUUCACACGGACUGAUAAAGCAGAUGGACACGACGUGGGAAGGACCAGUAAACAAAACUUCAGUCGAGUAGCUCGCUUUUAACAUAACAAAACUGAAAUAUUAUCCACAUAUGAUUUUAAACACACAAGGAUGUUGAAGUUUUUCGGAUUCAAGAAUGAUGGAGCCAAAAAAUCUAAUGAUAGAGAAACUGAUGGAUUUGUCAUCAUUGGUGAAACUGCUGAGGACCAGCGACAGAAGAUUCAGUCCAUAAACAUUGAGCAGCCUGCAACAAAUGUAAUAGUACAACCAUCUAAGCCAUCCAGCACCAGGAACAGAGGAUUUACAGAGACGGCUCAGCCUUCCUCCCAGCCCACAUCUGCUAAGAUGUCCUCAGAAACGCACAGUGUAGACGCCACCCCUGCUCUCACUGAACUUCUAGGAGAUAUACCUUUCACUUUAGCACCACAUAUCCUGGCCAUGCAGGCGGGCCUGCCCUUUGUAACAGAUAUCACCUUGCCUUCUGACAUAAAUGACAAACUAGCCAACUUUCGUUAUGACUUCUCUCUGGAGAACUCUGUGCUUUGUGAGCCAUGACUCUCACAUCAGUUAUAUCACUAACACGUGAUGAACUACGAGCAUUUGGUUGUCAAGAUUCUCCUUAACCGCUUGCCUCUUAAAUAAAUGAAGAUCUAGUUUCAGUUAGCUGACAAAAAUCGGUCACUGACUAUAGGGUGUUGGGCUCAAACGAACAUAUUUUCCAUUUAGUUUAAAUAAGUUAGUGAAGUUCGCAUCAAAAUGGUUUACAGUCUCUCAGGAUCUUACACUUUAUUGUGUGAGCUGAGUGUUACCGCCUCAUUUAAAAACAGUAGAUGAGUAUUUAUAAGAUGACCUAUGGCUUUACAUUUUUCAAAUGUAGUUCAAAUUUUACGGGUGUAAAAUCUGUGCAAUUUUGCAUUUUGACUCUGUGGGGUCCUGUAGCAUAAGAUGAUAUGCUGAAAUAGUUUCGAUGCUAUGUUUCUGAAUAGUUGCAUUCGGUUGUGUGAUGUUUCAGACGCCGCAGUCUAUGUUAGCCUUCCUCAGUUUCUUCUUAGUUCUGCAAAGACUUACUGUAAUUUAUGGAAUCGGUUUCAAGAAGUUUGCUUGCAGAUCGUUCACUUAAACCAGUCAUGAUACACAGAAAGAAUGAUUUUAUAGUAACUAGUCACCCAGCAAUGUAAUUCUUUAAACAUAUCUAAAAUAAAUAAUUUGUUAAUAGAUAGAAGUAUUUAAUUCAAAUAUAAAUUAUACUUUUAAAAUAUAUAUAAAUAUUAAAAAUGGCAAUCAUAAAGGCCUUUGGCUAGUCCGCUACAUUUGCUGUAACUCUACAGUGAGUACCAGUAAACCUUAAACACUCCCCUGUCUGCCAUUGGUCAACCAAACAGAUAGUCCCACCCUAAACUGACGCCAUUGGUUGAGUCAGUGUCGCUGUGCCGGGCUGUUCAGGAUGCUCAUACAGAACAAUAUUUUGAUAGUAAUGCAGUGUUUACACUUUUCAGGGUAAUCAGUAUAGAAUAUAGCUUACUUCUAGUUGUUUCCGCAUAUUAAGUUGGGAUAUGAAGUAUUUUUACAUCACAAAAAAUACACACAUCACCUUAGUGAAAGGAUUGCACUUAAAAUUGAGAGACGAACAUUGCAGUGCUCAUUAUAAAUAGGCCAACAUUAUAUCCCUUUGUUUUAUAUAUAUAUAUAUAUUUUUUUUUUUUGUGUGUGUGUGUGAACAUUGUACCUCUACUGUUGUUGUUUGGUUUUAAUGCAUGAAGUUUUGAAGUUCUGCUAGAUAGCAGGCCAUUUUGGGAGGCAGAUAUGUAUUCUGAACAAUGUUUAAUUGCAAAAACAUGCACAUGGAUUUUAAUAGGAUUUACUGUUCUUUUUGAAUAGGUCACAUGGUUGUUGAUCUGGGUUUUUUUUUUUUUUCUUCAUCUGAAUUUCAGUUAAUGGAUGGGUUUUAUAGUGCGUGCUGCUAUUUAAACAAUGCACUCAGGAGUUUAGCUGUGUCUCCUUUACAUCCUCUGUACUUUACUUGAUAUCGGUUUAGUUUAUUCGCUUAAUAUCACAUCAAAUCUCACUUUUUAUCUCUUUGUUUUGAUUUGUCUGACAGUUACUUCAUCUAAGGUUAAUAGGUUCCUCCUAAUUUAUCUCAGUCACUUUUCAAAACACUGUACUGAAGUAAUCAAAGUUUGCGUUGUGCUGUCUUUGCCCUUUAAAAUGUCUGUAAAAUAAUUUAAUGCCACUUUUUUCAGGUAAAUAUUAUGCCAUCACCUUAACUAUGGAUUCCUUAUUGAUUUAUAUCUGGAACAGAAUUCCUCAUUGAUUCUGAUCCCACAUGAUGUUUAUGCUAAAUUUUGAGCAUGAGCGGAAUGUAAUGAUGUUGUUUAAUUAAAAUCUUAUUUGAUUACAUUA